GGGGAAGGGAGGAGGGGAAGGAGGCAACGAGCGACACCAUCUCACGGUGGGGUGGAGGCGACGACGGUGUUGGCGAUGGAGGGCGAAGGGGCAGUUUCGUCAAAUUGAUAAAAGAAAUAUAUAUAUAUAUAUAUAUACCGCCCAGGUUGAACAUCGUUUAGAUUAAUAAGCAUGAUGAAGUAACAUGAUCGAUCCAUCUCUCGUCUGAUGUGCAGCAGAGCGGGUCCAAGCGAAGGCUCUCGACAUUCCUCUUCUCUUUUCCGCUCCACUCCGCCCUACUCCUGUCCUCUCCUCCCCUCUGCCGGCCUCGCCGUAUUCUAGGGCUUCUUCCCUCUCUGAUAAACAAGGCCGGGAAUCUACUUUUGUCGAGGGAAAUUCUCUAAUUCCCGUGAACCUAGGGUUUGCCCACCUGGUGGAUCUGGAGGCGAACGUUUCUUCUUUCACAGUGGAGGAAGUGUGCGAUGAGAUCUGAAUCCCGUGGCUGCCAGAAGUAAGUUCCGGAACAUGGGAUGCCUGUCUUCGAGACCAAAAGAUGCAGCUGGAAACAGGAGAAGGCCAGGGAACGUUGGAGAGGUGGCAGUGUUUGUGCCAGGCCUGCGAGUCCCUAAGGAUGUGGACUUCUUUCAGUCACUGGGUGACAGAUUGCCGAGGAGUUUAGUCGAACGCCUCUCAGCCCUGAGAACCAGAAUAGUAGUCAUGGCUGCUCAAGAGGCACCAACUGUGACGAAGCCUAGGAGGAAAACAGCCACGCAACAUGGAGGUUCGAGUUUGGCUGAUCUGCUGCAGGCUCUGGAAGACUACUUACCUGUCCUACUGGGAUUGGUAAAAGAUGGAAGUCAACUAACAGAUAAAGUGCAGUUUGUAUGGGCUAACCAGGAGGAUAAUGAAGAGGAAACGAAAAUGGCAAAUGCUUGGUAUGAGGUGCUUUCAGUUCUGCACUUGAUGGCCAUGCUGUGUCUCUCUGAGGCCAACUCAUUGCUUCUUCCAAAAAUUUUUAGUGAUGGACGUCAGCUAAACGUAUCGGAAGAGAGCAGGAGGAACUCUAUUGAUAUAUUAUUGAAGGCAGCAGGUUAUCUCGAUUGUGCUAUUCAGCAUGUUUUUCCUAGACUUCCUCCUGAUCUUAGGAAAGAUCUUCCUGUUGACCUUGCUGAAGGAGUACUCCAAUCUCUUCGCAUGCAAGCAAUGGGUCAGAGUAUCGAUCUUCAACUAAGGAUGGCAAUGGGGAGUCCCAGGGCAACACUUGCUGUAAAAAGGAGAUUAGCGUGUGAGAUGGUCAAGUGCUGGCAUGAGGCUGAGAAUAACAUUACACAGUAUCCGUUAACUGAAGGUUGGGGAGGAAAGCAUCAACUCUUUAUUAAGUGGAAACAUGUUGAAGCGAAGGCUGCUGCUUAUUAUUUCCACGGGUUAAUCCUUGACGAGGGAAACACAGAGAAAUCCCAUCGGAUGGCUGUCAAUGCUCUGCAAGUAGCAGAAGAGUUCCUUCAAGAAAGUAAGAGAGCGUCUGAGGCGUUCAAUAUGAUGCCUCCUACUUCAAGGAAUCCUCCUCCCUCGGGUUCUAUGAAGUAUUUGCACGAAAAAAUCCCCAAAGAUGUGUCCAGCAAGGUUCGGAUGAAUCAAGAUCUCUAUAGCCAAGACAGGAUCCUUGAGAGGGCACCAACAUUGCCAGAUUUUGCAGUGGCUCUGAAACCAGAUGACUAUCAACUUACUGCAUUGGAUCCUUCGUGGAACUAACGGCAUCGCGAGAAGAAAUAAUAAUAAUAAUAAUAGAAUAUGUUAGUUCUGUAAUGUAUGUCUCAGCUUGAAAGAGUGUGGCCGACUCUCACCAAAAAGCUUGUGAGAAACCAACUCUCCUUCCAUUAUCUUCCUUGUUCUGCUUUCUUCUCACUUGCGUUCUCUCCUUGCACAUCCUGUUUAUCUAAUAGAUCUGUUGUGUACAAAGCGUCACACAUUGCAUUUAAUGUGUAGAAGAACUUUAUACAACUUGUAUAAAACAUCUUUAUACAAUUCCAAAGUGGCAUCCACCUUUUUUUAA